UUCAAAAUGUCUCGAGCUCAACAAGAUAGGUUCGAGGGUCCUUUACCUAGAUAUGACUCUUUAACAGACUUGGUCGCUUUCGCAGCAGCAAAAAGGGUUGUUUCAUACAUAGAUGCAAGGAAACAGAAACAAACUAUUGCUUGGGAAGACAAACAGGAAGAUAGAGAAGAUAAUUCCACAGAAUUGGACACUUGUCAGAGACAAGUUGUCCAACCAGAAUUAUCUUCUGUGGAAGGUUAUAAAGAGGAUGAAACAGAAGAGGAACGUUAUGUGGUUGCUCAAGACGCUUGUGGUAACCUUUUAAAGAAGCGAAUUACUUCGGAGACAACAAACAUGCUCCUUUCGGGACUUUCCCUUACCCAUAUUGACUUUGGUUCACUGAAUUCGUUGAGCGAAGCUAGUGACAGCCUUAAAACAGGUUGUAGAAAUAAGAAAACUCCACUAGUGGUCGAACGAGACAACGCAGUCAAUCUUUUGCUAAAAAUUCCUUCCCCUGUUGAAAACCCAGAAGAGGGCUCUGUAGAGUUGGGAGAGUCUACAAGUCCAAGAAGUUGGAAAAAUUUACCUCAUGCAGCAGAAAAACUACUGUCAGCUGUAUGGGCUCCUCAACUGCGGGAAAUAUCUCUGGCCAGUAAUCAGUUGGAGUCUGUCGAUUUAAGUCCUUUGGCCGACUGUAUUAAUUUAGAGUCUGUUUUGUUAAACUGCAACAAAUUGCGGAAUAUCAAUCUUGAGCCACUAUCGUCAUGCACUAAAUUGGAAAAGCUUUGGUUGCAUCAUAAUCAACUUUUAACAAUUUCAUUAGAACCUUUGAGAGAAUGUAGCAGCUUGCGUUCAAUUUAUUUGGACCAUAAUGAAUUGACACACUGCAUCGAUUUGGAGCCUUUAAAAAAAUGUAAAUUGCUCAAAGGCUUGCGUUUAGGUUCGAAUAAUAUGAAAGGAGACUUGGAUGUAACACCACUGCUGCAUUGUAAUACGUUGUCUGUUUUUGAUGUUUCUGCGACUACUAGACUGGUUGCACGUUUCAAGGUGAAAACACUUCCUCCGGCAUUAAAGAAGCACGAAAAGGAUAUUUUGUGGAUAGAUGAACAACUAAAUUCGUUUUGUGCGAAAACUUUAAAAGGUGGUAUCCCGAAUGAUAGAAAUUUGGUAAAACCUAGAAUUCUUUUAUUGGGGUUCAAGUCUUUCCAAGUUGCUCUGGAAAAUCUUUUUGCGAAGGUUUCCAGUCUUGAAGUAGAUAGUAUAGGGAACUUGAGACAGGAAGAGGUAUCAAAUACAUUGAAGAAUCUACAAAACCUGCAAAACUUCGAUGCAGUCGUUUGCGAUUCAUCAAUUGACUGGGUAAUUCCCAAACUCAAGUUGGUUCACAGCGACAUUCCAAUAAUUGUCGUUAGUUCGGAUAUGACAUCGGAAGCCGCUGGUAGAUGUCUUCGUUUUGGUGCAUGUUGCCUGGCAAGAGCUCCAUUGGGACCUGAAGAUUCUUUUAGAGUAAAAGAAUGGGCAGAAAAGCACUCUCACUCGAAUUGCGAGUUGCGCAUGGCAUCACAAAUGGGUCAUCCAACUAGUUUCAAUCGACGACAACCCGAAGAUGACUAUAUCGAACAGAAGUUAGUUGGUUUACUAAAAACGAAUGCAGUAGAUGAAGUUAGUGAACAUGAGCUGAUACAAGAACUUUCUGAUAAAGACAUUGUGGACAAUCGUACGGAACUUAAAGCUAUUGAAGAAAUCUUUCGAAUGAAAUCUAACAAUUUAUUGGAGAGCACUUAUCGACAUAUUGCGAUUUCAUGCGGUCUUCCAUCUUGUGCCUAUCGAUUGUUACAUGACGCCAUCCAAAGAGAAGAGCAGCAUGUGGAUUGUGGUGCCUUUGGUAGAUUUUGGAAAAAGCAUUUUCUUCAUCGGAAUCGCGAAGAACGUCUUUUUAUUCUCUUGUGUCCUUAUGGGAAGAAAUUGACAAGCAAGAGUCCUUUGAGAAUCCUAGUUGAAGAUCUGUUAAAACGUCGUCUUUUGAGAAGAGUAUCAUCUAAUACUGUCCAAGUGCAACUAGUUGACUGUGCUUUAGAAUGUGUAUUGUAUAGCUUAACUGGUAACUUUGAAAUAAGUGGCAUUACUUUAAAAGACGUGGAGAGAGAAAAGUUAUGUCAUGCCUUGAUAUUAGCAGAGCAAGGAAGUUUUAAAAGACCCUUAGAAUUUCUUCGUCCAGAGAAGUUUGAUGCGUUAAGAAAAGACUUUAAGAUAGCAAGCCAAGGUCGCUAUUUAUCAUGUAUAGGUUCGAAUGUGAUUGGUUUGGAUGAUUUUCUUCGUUUUAAUCACGAACGUAAUUGGCUAACUGCUAAAGGAGCCAUGUCAUUCUUUCAAAUAUUGAUAUUUUUAAGAUGCGCAUGUAAAGAUACAUCAUUAGCAGUUGAAGAUGAUUGGUUAUUGUUGAGUGAUUUUGCGCGUUUCUAUUGUACUAUUUCGGAGUUGAGUAAUAGUAGUGCGUUGAAGUUGCUUUUUUUAGUAUUGGAUACCGAUAUGGAUGGGGUGGUUAGUUUUGAAGACUUUGUUAGUUUUUACAAAGACAAAGCACGCAUUUAUGCUCGAGAAGGAUUGAUACUGGCAGAUAGUAGAGUGAUUUGGAGACAUUUUUUAGAUAUUUGUGGUGAAAGGAAUGAUGAGAAAAAUGUGUUGAGUUUAGGAGAUUUAUCACGUUUGGAACCCAAACAAAGAAGUUUCCUGUUGAAAGCCAUGUUGUUGAGAGAUGACGGGGUAUCGUUGGUAGAUAUUAGAGCCAGUUUGGUUCCAACCACAGGUUUAGCUGAAUAGGAAAAAUGAACACGCUCAUAACGAA